AUGGAAAAUAUCUAUCUAUCUAUCUAUCUAUCUAUCUAUCUCAGAAUAUUCAUUAUCUAUCUAUCUAAGAACAUUCAUUAUCUAUCUAUCUAUCUAUCUAUCUAUCAGGGUCUUUUUCUUUAUAUCUAUCACAGUCUUUUUCUAUCUAUCUAUCUAUCUAUCUAUCUAUCUAUCUAUCACCUAAUGCUUCUUCAUCUUCGAAAAUCAGCUGGCGCCCAAACGACCGUACCAAACGCCAGUGCCCGAACAGCCACACCCAAACGCCAGGGCCCAAAUGUCUGCGCCCAAACGACCACUCCACAAAAGGGUGCCAGACGCCAGCGCCUAAACAGGGGUGCCAGACGCCAGCGCCUAAAGAGGCGUGCCAGACGCCAGCGCCUAAACAGGGGUGCCAGACGCCAGCACCCAAACGGCUACGCUCAAAGAACCGUGUCAAACGCCAGCGCCCAAACGGCCACGCUCAAAGGGGCAAAACGGCCACACCCAAACACCAGCUCCCAAACGCGUGCCAGUGCCCAUAAAGGCGUGCCAGACGCCAGCGUCCAAAAGGCUACGCCCAAAGGACCGUGCCAAACGCCAGCGCCCAAACAUCUGCGCCCAAACGGCCACGCCCAACGGACCGUGCGAAAUCGCGUUUCCCAAACGGCCACGCCCAAACGCCAGCGUCCAAACGACUGCACCCAAAUGACCGUGCUGAACGCUAGUACCCAAACUGCUGCGCCCAAACGACCUUACUAA